AUGGCGAAGAUUUGUACAGAACAGUCCUAUCCGUCACAACACAGGCUAUCAGUCCGAGCCUCUGAAGAUGAACUGGACCACACUGAAAAUGGUGCAAGCAGGCCUCAUUCUCUAUGUGACGACAACUCCUCUGACAUUCAGGGGAUUGUUUCCACUGAGGGAUCCAGUAGAAGCUCUUUUACAGGUGCUGGGGCCAUGGCGAGGCUCACUCAGUUCGUGAUAGUGCUGAGGAACUGGGCCACACACAGGCUUCACAGAGAGGUUGAGCGUCCUGACUCCUUCUUAGAGCGAUUUCGUGGACCAGACCUCAAAGACAUAUCUAGCAGAGGGAGUAAUGCCCGAUCCUCUAUAGGCCUUCCCGACAGGCCUCAUAAGAGGAAAAAAGCCAAUCCCUGGCCUCUGGCAGUUUACAAUAUGAACAACUGCAACAACACAGAUGACAAAAAAGAGGACAAAAAGGAGGAAAUAAAAAAAGAUGGAGACAAAAAGGAAGAGAAAAAAGAUGAGAAGGAAGAGAAAAAAGAUGAGAAAAAGGAAGAGAAAAAAGAUGAGAAGGAAGAGAAAAAAGAUGAGAAAAAGGAUGAAAAGAAGGACGAGAAAAAAGACGAAAAGAAGGAUGAGAAAAAGGACGAAAAGAAGGAUGAUAAGAAAGAUGAUAAAAAAGAUGAUAAAAAGAAAGAUGCUCCUCCUCUGCCGAAGGAAGUGUGGAUCAUGGAUCCGGCUUCAGACAAGUAUUACAGAUGGCUGUCCAUCAUUGCAGCUCCAGUGUUUUACAACCUGAUGAUGCUGGUGACGAGGGCCUGUUUCAACGAGCUUCAGAACACUUACACAAUACUCUGGAUAGUCCUGGACUACACUUCAGAUGCAAUCUACUACACGGACACGUUUGUCAGGUCCAGAACAGGUUUCUUGGAACAGGGUCUCCUCGUCAAGGACUCCAAAAAGCUGAUAAACAAUUACAGGACAAUCCCACAGUUCAAAUACGACAUGAUCUCCAUGAUCCCCACAGAUUUCUUUAUGCUAAAAGUGGGAUUCAACAACCCUGAACUUCGCUUCAACCGUCUCUUCAAAAUGGCUCGUCUCUUCGAGUUCUUCGACCGCACGGAAACCCGAACAAACUACCCCAACAUUUUCCGCAUCAGCAACCUCGUGCUAUACAUCCUCGUCAUCAUCCACUGGAAUGCUUGCAUCUUCUUUGCCAUUUCCAAAACCAUCGGCUUUGGGACCGACACCUGGGUGUAUCCCAACAUCAGCCACCCCGAAUAUGGACGCCUGGCCAGAAAAUACAUCUACUGUUUGUACUGGUCCACUCUCACCCUCACCACCAUCGGAGAAACGCCGCCUCCAGUCAGAGACAUCGAGUACCUAUUUGUAGUCAUGGACUUCCUUAUCGGCGUGCUGAUUUUCGCUACCAUUGUCGGUAAUGUCGGCGCCAUGAUCUCCAACAUGAACGCAUCCCGUGCUGAAUUCCAAGCCAAGAUUGACUCCAUUAAGCAGUACAUGCAGUUUCGUAAGGUCAGCAAAGACCUGGAGGCCAGAGUCAUCAAAUGGUUUGACUACCUCUGGACAGAAAAGAAGACCUGCGAUGAGAAGGAGGUCUUGAAGAAUCUUCCAGACAAGCUCAAAGCUGAGAUCGCCAUUAACGUCCAUCUGGACACCCUGAAGAAGGUGCGAAUCUUCCAAGAUUGCGAAGCCGGACUUCUGAUUGAGUUGGUGUUGAAGCUGCAACCUCAAGUCUUCAGUCCUGGAGAUUAUAUAUGUAAAAAAGGCGACAUCGGUCGAGAAAUGUACAUCAUUAAAGAAGGAAAACUCGCUGUUGUGGCUGAUGAUGGCAUCACACAGUUUGUUGUCCUCAGCGAUGGCGCUUAUUUUGGAGAAAUCAGCAUCCUUGGGAUCAAAGGCAGUAAAGCUGGAAACAGAAGAACGGCAAAUAUUCGUAGCGUCGGCUACUCUGACCUUUUUGCUCUCUCAAAAGACGACCUGGUGGAAGCGCUUACUGAGUAUCCCGAUGCCAAAAAAGCCCUGGAGGAGAAAGGAAAGGCCAUUUUAAGAAAGGAUAAUCUUCUGGACGAAGCGGUGGCGGCUGCAGGAGCUGAUCCUAAAGAUCUGGAGGAGAAGAUUCACCGCCUCGAGGGAAACCUUGACAUUAUGACUGGCAAAUUCGCCAAGCUGAUGGCAGAGUACACGUCCUACCAGGGCAAGAUCAAGCAGAGGAUCACCAACAUGGAGAAUAAAGUGAAAACGCUGCGGCCCGAAGACCUGUCUGAGGUGAUCGAGGACAAAAAGGAAGAGGAGAAGAAGACAAAAUAG